CUUAUUAUUUUCAUUUGUUUCUGUGUCAUCAGAGGAAGAGAGAGAGCGAGAGAGAGCGAGCGAGCAGUGAGCAGGAACGACUCAGAUUGCAGAAAAGCAGCGUGUAUUGAAACAGAUUGUGUUGUGAGAGAUGAAAUGCAUUUGUGAAGAAGUUUGAUAGUAAUCUGAAUCUGCUUCUGCAUCAUCGUAAUAAUCAUAAUCAUAAUCAUUACCCGCUUUGAAACAAAAACGACCCACCACUUAACCUUUAUGUGUCUGUGUCUCUUGUUUCCAUUUACAACCACUCUUUCAUCUUCUUCAGUUUCUGGGUCCUUCCUCUAUUAGCCUUACUCGUUUUCAAUCGCAACAAGUCACGACCUUUCUCCAUCGAUUUUCAUGGCUACCACCAGCUCUUCCCUUUGCACGUGGCUCGUGGCGGCUUGCAUGUCAGUCACGUGCGAUGCUGACCGUCCCAGAACCUCUCACGCCAUGUUUAGGUCUUCCAAGAGGUCUCGCAGACCCUCCCAAUUCAACAUUUCUUCUCUCUGUGGAUCCACCAUUCACGCUCUCUUCGAACCCUGCAAUCACUACUGCACCUCUCACUCUUCCUUUUUUGGAUCCAAUUUCAAUCGUAGACAGAGACGCCUCAAUCGACUCACUCAUUCUGGUAAAACAAUGGCUGUAGCUUUGGAACCUGCCCAAGAGGUCACAACACCCAAAAAGCCUCCUACAAAACAAAGGCGAGUAGUUGUGACAGGCAUGGGUGUCGUUACACCACUUGGUCAUGAUCCAGAUAUCUUCUAUAAUAAUUUGCUCGAUGGUGUUAGUGGCAUAAGCGAGAUUGAGACAUUUGAUUGUGCAGAAUAUCCAACAAGGAUUGCUGGUGAAAUAAAGUCUUUCUCAACUGAUGGCUGGGUAGCACCAAAACUUUCGAAGAGAAUGGAUAAAUUUAUGCUCUAUAUGCUAACAGCUGGCAAAAAAGCCUUGGUUGAUGGUGGAAUUACUGAAGACGUAAUGGAUGAGUUAAAUAAAGACAAGUGUGGAGUUCUGAUUGGCUCAGCAAUGGGUGGCAUGAAGGUUUUUAAUGAUGCCAUUGAAGCUUUACGAAUCUCAUACAAGAAGAUGAAUCCUUUCUGUGUUCCUUUUGCAACAACAAAUAUGGGAUCUGCCAUGCUUGCAAUGGAUCUGGGAUGGAUGGGCCCUAAUUAUUCUAUCUCAACAGCUUGUGCUACAAGUAACUUUUGUAUAUUGAAUGCCGCAAACCAUAUCAUUAGAGGUGAAGCUGAUGUGAUGCUUUGUGGUGGUUCAGAUGCUGCUAUUAUACCAAUCGGUUUGGGAGGCUUUGUGGCAUGCAGGGCACUCUCACAGAGGAAUACUGAUCCUACCAAAGCAUCACGCCCUUGGGAUAUUAACCGUGAUGGAUUUGUCAUGGGAGAAGGAGCUGGAGUUUUGCUUUUAGAAGAAUUGGAGCAUGCUAAGAAUAGAGGUGCAAACAUAUAUGCAGAAUUCCUUGGUGGAAGUUUCACAUGUGAUGCAUAUCAUGUGACUGAGCCGCGUCCUGAUGGGGCUGGUGUUAUACUUUGCAUUGAAAAUGCAUUGGGUCAGUCUGGAGUAUCAAAAGAGGAUGUGAAUUACAUAAAUGCACAUGCCACAUCCACACCAGCUGGAGAUCUUAAAGAGUACCAGGCUUUGAUUCAUUGUUUUGGACAAAACCCUGAGCUAAGAGUGAAUUCUACAAAAUCUAUGAUUGGCCAUCUGCUAGGGGCUGCUGGUGGUGUGGAAGCUGUAGCAACAAUACAGGCAAUCAGGACAGGGUGGGUUCAUCCCAACAUCAAUCUAGAAAACCCUGAUCAAGGAGUGGAUGCUAAAGUGCUUGUUGGCCCAAAGAAAGAGAGACUGGACAUCAAAGCUGCUUUAUCAAACUCAUUUGGUUUUGGGGGUCACAAUUCUUCAAUCAUAUUUGCACCUUAUAAGUGAAAAAUUUCAGAGUGCUACGUUCUUAUUGUUAUAAAGUUACUGAGUACCAAGACAAUGUUAUUGCAUACUAACUUGAGUCUUUGGUUGGGUGAAAAUAUAUGCAAUGUGGAUUACUCGGUUGGAUCAGAAACUGUUGAAACACGCUGUUUGUUGGGCUUUAGGCUUCAGAAUGAGAACGUUGAAUGAUUGAUUUAUAUGGUGCUCAUUGUGGAAGGGAGGGAGUGGAGUCUCUAUCCACUGCUAUAAAUCCUAUCUUACCUUGAAUGGCUACAGUAGGAGUUGACCCUCUUUUGAUGUAACCUUUUAACAACCAUUUUAUGGGAUACACUCUUUUUAUUCCCAUGUACAAAUAGACCCUCACCGCUGAAUAACCAAUUUCAGUGAUUAUUUAGUUCACUCAUCGAAUAGGUUUUAUGCUUUUCACUGAAAUUUUUAUACCCUUGUGCUUCAUUUCAGCUUUAUGAGGAUUUUGACUUUUGCCAAGUGGAACUGCCAAUUUUAUGAGAAUUUCAAUGACACUUCUGUUAUAGCUUUUGACACGACCAUUGUGAAUUAGUAUAAAUGAUUAAAAUGAAUCUAGUUCUGCUAAUUGAGAUUUUUCCCAUGU